AUGGCCGGUAAUCCGCUCCUUCCCCCCACCAUCCUGCCAUCCAUUUGCCAGCUGCUGCUAACGUACAUUCAACGGGCAGCGCUGAUGGCCACCAUGCUGCAACCCACUGAGAGUUGCGCUGAGCAGCAAGAGCUACCACACCCUCCCCUGCAGCCGCAGCCGCAACAGCAGCGGCUAAAAAGCCAGAUCAACCAGCAGCAGCUGCGGCACCCACAAGCCAUGCAGCCACAGACGCACUUACAGCAGCAGCUCCAUCACCAGCAGCGGGAGGGGCCCAAACCCGGCGACGCGACGGAGCCGCUGCCUCUUCUUGCGGUACGGCAGCUCAGGGUUUUUGACAUCCCGGCUGCUCUACUCCUCCAAGCCGCGGCGCAUCUUCUGGUCGUGGGCGCCAUUCCGCCCACGGACUACAGGGCAAUACAGGCCGAGCUAGCUUCUCAAGCUGCGGGAGUCCCGGCUGCGGGUGUGGGGUCACUCACGCCGGUGCAGGAGGGGCCCCUUGCGUCGGCGGAUGCUACAGCUGCCAAUGCUGCUACACCUACAGCUGCUGCUGCUACAGCCACGCCGACACAGCCGCAGCUGCCGCCGCCGCGGCGGGUCGACGCAUGGGGGAGCUUCUUGGUGGCGACGGCGAUGGUGCUAGCGCUGUCGGUGCUACUGCCGGAGGCCUUCCGUGGAGGCCUUCCGUGGAGGCUGCGACGACGGCGGGGAGCGGCGGCAGCGGCGGCGCCGUCGUUGCGGGUUGCCGCGACGGCAGUGAUGGAUAGCGUGGCGGCAUCCUUGUGGGCGGGGCGGGGUGCCGGUCCGUCUGCCCGUCGGUUGGGUCUGGGUCGUCGGCUCUUCUCCGCCGUCGCGGAUCAGCUACCUUGUGGCACGGAGCUGGACAGCAUUCUACCGCCGCUGUACGGCUACUCCGGGGUGUUGUACAGGAGCAAGGGCAACCCUUAUGCAGCCAGCCAGCCGCGCUAUGCGGGCGCAGCGCUAUGGGACGGAGCGCUGCUGCGCGACUUGGGCACCUUCACCACGGCGGCGGAUGCGCGUCAGAACGUGCUCGUGUCCAUAAAGCUGAUUGCCGCCGCAACGGCAGCGACCGGCAACGUAGUACUGCCAACAGGCAAGCCCAUGCCGGCCAGUGCUGCUGCGGCUGCUCCGGCCGCUCCCUCAGAGAAUGCGGUGGCAGUGGCUGGAGGAGAGCCAGCUGACAAGGGCCACCAACAACGCCGUGGCACCCAAGCCGGUGUCACUGCGAUUGCUACAGUCGCUCCGAAACCAGGUGCUGUUACACUGGCGCCGCACCAGCAGCAGAUGAUGCAACAGAUGCAACAGAUGCAACAACAGCAGCAGCUGCAGCUGCAGCUGGCGGCGCAGGCGACGGCGGCGGCGACGGCGGCGGCGGCGGCGGCAAGGUCCUCCUCCUCCGCAGUAGCUAAUGGAAGCGGAGGAGGCGGCGGCGGCGAGCCGCUCCCCAGGAAAUCAUCGGGUACCUGGACGUCGGCCGCGGCGGCGGCGGCGGGCGGGUACGGCAGGGCUGGGCCAGCUGCAGCGACGGCGGCGGAGCGGUCAAGCAAGCAGCAGCAGCAGGCGCGGCUGGGUCUGGGAGGAGUGGAGAGAGGCAAGCCGGGCUCUGAGGGGACCGCCGUCAACUCUGCUGCUGCUGCUGCUGCGGGGGCGGCGGCGGCUAUUGCUGCUGGCGGGGCGGCCCCGGACAAGGCCAUGGCUGCUGCUGCUGCUACAGCUGCGGCGUCCAGCCCGGAGACUCCGGGGUCAGGCGGGACGCGGCUCCCCCACGAUGAUGUCAUUCCCGAGGACGACCCGGAGGGCCAGAUCUUGCUCGACUUGCUGUCUCGCACCCGGUCAUUGCAGCUGAGCCGAGAGCACCUUGCCGUACUUUUACACAGUACGGACGGGCUGACGACGCUGUUGGCGCUGCUGCAGCAGCAGCAGCAGCAGCGGCCCGCCAGGCAGCUACAGCCGCGGCAGCAGCAGCAUAUCGCCGCCGGGAAAGCACCGGAUGGCGACAGUGACCACCACGCAGCGCCUCAAGUUGGCGCAUUAGCAGAUCGGGACGAUACGGAAGAGCGGAUAUCGGUGGAGGGGGAGGUGGCGGGCCAGACGUCACGUGAUUGGCAGCGCGGCGGCGACGGCAGCCAGCUGCAGCUGUCACGGCACGUUGGCGCAGGGGGAGGCAGCGGCGCCGCCGCCGCCGGUGGGAACGCACCGGAAGGAUCUGGGGGCUGUGUGGCGAGUGCGCGCAACAGCCGCUGGCAGGACGAGGAGCCGGAGCAGGACUUUUGCGAUGGAGAGUACGACAUAGAAGGGCCAGCGGUCUCGAUGGGCCUUAGUCUUCUGGGGGGGGAGUUGGCGUUGCUUCCGGCGCCCGACGGCGGCUACGCGUACACACCGCUAUACGAGUCGUUGUCGUCGUCCGACGGGCGGUCAGCCCUGAGCUUCGUGCUGCGGGAUCUUCAUCGUCGCCGUGGGGCUGGCGGCGGCGGCGACGGCGUGCGCAGCAGCAGCGGCAGGACAUUAAUCCCGGCGGCCGCAGCCUCACAUUUACUGGCGGCGGGAUCCGGAACGGUGCUGGCGGGCUCCAGCGGCGGCGGCGGCGGCGGCGGCGGCGCACGUCAGGGACCUGGAGGUGGCGGAGACUGCCCACGUAUACCGCCGCCGCAACAGCAGCGACGUCACACACAACCACAUUCGCCUGGGCCUGGCGGCAGCUUCGCCCCUGCCGCCGCUGCUGCCGGCCGAGGUCUGAUGUACAGCCAGGGCGCUUUCGAACACCCCGCCGCCCGACAGCCGGCGGCAGCAGCGGCGGCUGCAGCAUCAGCCGCCGCGACGGCAUCCGGGUACGGCAGUCGGUCGGCUGCCAGAGAGCUUAAGCCCAGCUUGCAGCGCAGCUACGGCCAUUAUCCCAGCAACGCCAGUGACGUACAUCCUCGUGCUGGCGGAGGAGGUGAGUACGGCUCGCUUGCUGUUGACCACACGGCAGCGAUGGCUGCCAACUCUCAGCAGCAGCAGCAGCUGCUGCGGCGAAUCAGCUCCUCCCUUCCGUCAUAUGGGGCAAGUCUGGCUGGUUUCGGAGCUUCCAUGGACGAUCGCAGUCGGCGACUACAGAGCGGCGACCCCAUACCGGAGUUGUCGGCGGAGGACUGCCAGCCCAACGGCGGCGGCGGCGGCGGUGCCGUCGCAGUAACCCGCCGUUCUGGAGGCGUUGCUGCCGGCCAUCCCGUCGGCGACGUUUCCAACAGCAGCGAUGCCAGCGGCGGUGGCGACGGCGGCGGUGUGAGGUCGUACGACGACAUGGGCGGCGGCGCUGCCGCCGCCGCCGCCGCCGCCGCCGCGGCGCCACAAGCCAAACGCGCCCGCCACGUGGUGGUGGGGGCCCCAUGUGGGGAGUAUGUGGCAGUGAGCGACCUAGCGGACCUCCAGCAGGCGGAUUCUGACCCGUGGGACAGUGGAACCGCUUUCGGUUACUAGAACCAUGGAUCAGUUAAACCACUGGACCAUGGGACAGGAGAGCUGUGACCCGUUGACCUGUGGGUCAGCACAUCCACUGACCCGUGGGUCGGCAGUAUUCCACGUAAAUGUAUGUAUGAUGUGUGGGACAGGGGGGUAUAUCUUCACCCGUGGCAGCUACCCUGCGAAACCCUGCCUUCCCCGGUAUUUCCGGGCACCACCAUCCAGUCACCCUAGUCAACUUCUCAGUGGUUCGCUCAGGUUCCGCACCCACCACCAGCAUCCAACGGAAUCUGCCGGGUCGACAGCGGCCCAACUCCAUUCCUGGUCGGCAAUGUAUGUAUGUAUGUCCGUAUGUAUGUACGACUUAGAUUACACUGUGGGCCGCGAGAGCCGGGGGCCGAAGCCGAAACACAGCGCAAGGGUCGGGAGCACACAGCACAACUCGGUUAGUCUUGUGUGCUCCCGACCCCGACU